AUGCGUCAGACGCGACUGUCGUGGUCGGGACCACACCUUCCACCUCCUAAGCGCUCGAGGAAGGUGUCGACCGUGGAUGACAAGGUCGCUCCUGCUGUGGAUAAUCCCGCGGAACGCAAGGAUGUCCCUGCGUCGGAGAAGAAACUGGUCGAGAAGUGGAACCCUGGGUGGAAGCAAACCUUCAAGUGGUUGGUGCUCGAGUAUGACGACGAGCAACAGAUGUACGGUAUGAAGUGUAAGAUUUGCAAAGCCCAUGCCAAGAACAGCAAAUCUCCGUUUGGCCCUCUUGGCAUAGGAGCGCGUGAUUUUCAG